AUGCAGGCCUGUCCAGCCUCGCUGGGCGCUGCCUCUGGCCUGCCCAGCAGCCUGCGCUGGGGCGCUGAGCGGGGCCCCGCCCAGCGCGCCGGCUUCCCGGGCCAGGGCCCGCUGCCGCGGCGGCGGCGGCGGCAAGCCUCCGACCUGGCCUGCCGCACCGUGGAGCACCACGGCGGGCGUGCCGCCGGCGGCCUGCACGGCGUGGAGCCCGGCGCCGCGGAGGCCGACGUCUUUGGCGCCAACGGCGCCGCCGCCGCCGCCGGCCACGGCCACGCCGGCCCGCCGCCGCCGGCCGCCGCCGCGCGCCCCAGCCUGCCCACCGAGACGUUCAAGCAGCUGCGCCACGCGGUGCUCACCUCCCUGGACAUUGCUGACAACGCGGAGCACACGGUGGACUAUGAGGACGGCAGCGCAGAGGUGCAGGAGGACAUCCUCCUGGAGUCGUGCCCCUCCGCCAAGGAGGUCGGCAAGUCGGUGUUCGAGACGCUGCGCAUUGACCAGGCGGGCAAGACGCGGCGAGUGUAUGUGCGGCGGCGAGACCUGAUCCGCGCCCACGGCCUGCAGCCCCGGGACUUGCGCAGGGUGGACCCAUCCCUCAGCCCCACCAAGGUCUCCCCCAGCGUGACGAUCAAGGAGGAGUGCGUGCUGCUCAACAUUGGCGGCGUGCGCGCUGUGGUCACCGAGGACAAGAGCUGCGCCGCGUGA